AUGUCUGAGACCGAAGGACCACCACCGCAAGGCCCGCCCCAGGGCCAGUUCCAAGGACCGCCGCCGGGCAUGCCUCAGCCUGGCCAGCAGCCCACGCCCGAGCAAAUCCAGAUGAUGCAGCGCCAGCUUGCAGCAGAGGCAGAGAAGCACGGAAUCUCGGUACAGGAAUAUGUCCAGAGGCUCAAGGCACAAGCAAUGGCGCAGCACCAAGCGCAGAUGCAGGCGCAACAACAAGCUCAGCAACAGCAGCAGCAGCAACAACAGCAACAGCCGAUCCAGCCUGGGCCGCCGAAGCCUGAAGCGAUUGCCGUAGCCAACUUCCUCAAGUCGCAAGACUUGAAGCCUAGGACAGUCAUUCACGAUGAGAAGCGCAAGGACAUGUUCCGAGUCCUUCGAGCGAUCCGCGCUCUUUCCUCGCCUGCCUAUCAAAAAGCGCGCGCAAAGAACCCCCUCCUUCCCGAAGUGAACGACCGCGCCUCUGCCGAGAACACGUUCAAGCUGCUUCCCCUCUCCCUCCUCGCGCUUCGCGUCACAAAGGUUGACCCUGAAACUGCCCACGACGGUCACAACCACGCCAAGCCCAAGCGCGUCAAGGGCCUCUGGACUGUCAGAAUCGAGCAGCACCAGGAGGCCAACGACGACAACUACUACAUAUGGCUGUACGAGGGCUCGCAAUGGAAGCAGAAGCUGUAUGCUGCUGGUGCGCUUGUCCUUGUCAUUGCUGUUGUGCUGUUCCCGCUGUGGCCACUCUUCCUCAGGCAGGGUGUGUGGUACCUGAGUAUGGGUAUGCUAGGCCUGAUUGGACUCUUCUUCGCUAUGGCGAUUGUGCGAUUGAUUCUGUUCAUCAUUUCCAUGUUUGCUGCGCCGCCUGGCCUAUGGCUGUACCCCAACUUGUUUGAGGACGUGGGCUUCUUCGAUUCCUUCAGACCCGUGUGGGCAUGGCAAGAGACACCCGAAGACAUCAAGAAGAAGAAGAUUGCCAAAAAGGAAAAGAAAGCCGCCAAACUUGCGGCAAAAGCAAACGGUGAAGCCAAACCAAGCAAGGGCAAGAAGGGCGCUCCCACACCUUCCGAGCACCAGCACCAACACCACCACCACGAGCAUGGACACGUCGAGGAGAUUGUCGAGGACGUGCAGCCCCAGCAGGAGCCCGUAGCCGCCGACGCCGCGCCGCAACCAACCGGCUCGGAAUCCGCGCCUGUAGCUACAGGGGACGUGACACAGCGCCCACCGCGGGCGACGGUGGAGGAAACGGAAGACGAGUAG